UUCUGUUUGUCGUGUCUAUCGGUCGAAUACUACUGUGACUCUCUGUGUUAAUAUAAAAAAUUAUAAAAAAAUUCAAAGCAAGAUGUUCUGGAAGCAACUUCUCGGAUUAGGUUUACUUUUGGUGGCUGUCGAAUGCCAAAAGUUGCCCGUUCAAGUUUACUACGAAUCACUUUGCCCGGAUAGCGCUAAAUUCAUCAACACCCAAUUGGCGCCCAUCGCGAAAGAUCUCUUGCAAUACGUAGAAUUGAUGCUUAUCCCGUACGGCAAAUCGAGUCACAUCACCCAAGGCUCCGACGUUAUCUUCACCUGCCAUCACGGACCCAACGAGUGCUACGGCAACAAAAUCCACGCUUGUGUCGUCGAAAAUGUCAAAACUGACUCGUUCCGCAACGAAACGCAAGACGAACUCGUCCUGAACUACGUUGACUGCUUGAUGAGUUUGUCGCGUCGUGAUGCUGCCUUCCCCAUUGAAAAAUGCGCCAAAUCUGUGCAAUAUAAGAUGUGGGAAAAUAUCGAGGAAUGCGCCAAUUCGACAAUGGGCAGCAAAAUUUUGCAAAAAUUCGGCGAAGAAACGAUGCAAUUCCAAAGUCCCUUGAAGAGUGUCCCGACUGUCGUUUUUGACAAAUCCUAUUCGGAAGAAUUGCAGAACAAGGGUGUUGAAGAUUUCCGCAUGACUUUGUGUGCACAACUCCAUAAGAAGAAUGUUCAUGCCAAGGAAUGUCACGAUCACUCAGCUGCUCCCGCAACAACUUUCAGCAUGGUCUCCAUCGUGUUUACCACACUUUUGGCCAUCUUCUACCAUUAAAAAGAGAGAAAAAAUGAUGAUCUGCGAAAAAUGAGUCCGUCCGUACAAAAAAAAAACUUAAAUUAGAUGCUAAGAAGAAGUUACUGUGCUUAGAAUGUUAACGAAAAAUGUUCUUUUAUUAAGAAAUAAAUAGAUGACGCUCCAUUUGUGACGUAAAAUU